CAUUACUACGAUCCCAAAUCACCUUCCUCAGUACUCUCAUUCUCACCUUCCUCUCAAAAAACCUAAAUUCUCAACAAACCUAAAUUCUCUACAAACAUUUUCUUCGACAUUGCUAACCCAAAUCCCCAAUCCCCUCCCAACUCCCUCAUUUGCAAAUUACAGUCCCAAAUCCCCAAAGUCCUCAAAACUCGGUUCCUAACCAGCAAACGUCAAAUCUCGAUUGCUAACACAAAACUCCGAAAUCCCCAAAGUCCCAAACUCCAUUUGUUUUUUUGAGUCGUCGUUGAAGUUUGGCUCCUUUUCGCUUGAUUGCAUCAGCCAUGGCCGACGAGGUACUUCUGUUCCUCAUUUGGGGUGUCAGUUGUUCCAAGAUUGGCUGGGAUUCAGUCAUGAGAAUGAGCGUAAACCUUCGUGAUCUAUUCUUAUAUGAGGCUUUUCUUUAUUACAAUCCUCUUCUUCUUGUGACCAUGAUGGUUUGGUUUUGGGGAAUAAACCUAUGGGUUUUUGCGCAGGCUAAUGUCAACUACGCUAAAUUUUUUGAUCUUGAUCAGAAUCAUCAUCUCUCUCACAGAGAGAUUUGGAAGAUGUCAGAAAUCAUCCAGUUCUUAUCCGCUGCAAGUGUGAAAAAAUACAUCAUAUAACUAUACAACAUGGCGUCAACGGAGGGGCUGAUGCCAAUAACAAGAGCAUUUUUGGCUUCUUAUUAUGAUAAGUACCCAUUUACCCCUCUCUCUGAAGAUGUUUCUCGUCUUUCUGAUCAAAUUCAUUCCAUGGCUAAUGAUCUGCACAAGGAUUCUCCUUUGACCGAAGGUGGCUGGAAGCCUCGAACAGAUGCAACAAGGAGUACAUUGGUCUGAAGAAUGUUGUAUUUUACUGAAUAAUUUGGUUUUUAAUUCAACCAUAGGUGGAGCUAGGCGGUCGGCCCGAAUCCCUUUCGCUGGAAAAUUAGGUUGUGUAUAUAAGGCCAUUUUUUUUAUGUGUAUAUAUUAUAUGAUGAUAACCCUUGGCUUAUAUUUGAUGUGUAUAUAUUGCAUUGUGUAUUUUUUUUGUUCUUUGAAUCCCCUCGGUGAAAAUCUUGCACCCGCCACUUAAUUCAACGCUUCUUAUUCCCACUUGUGAGGUAUGUUGAGAGCCUUCUUUUGGAGCGUGGUUGAGAGGCUGGUCUGGAAUGUGAGACCAGGUUAUUGGUUAUCUUCGGAAGUAUUUUGUUUGCAUUGAACGCAUGUGGUGGCUUGAUUAGUGCAGCCACUUAAACUUUGCAUUUGUGUCAUGUUAGCCACUGAUGUAGAACUUUUAAGCUGGUUCUCAAAUAGGCGAGAAAACUUUGUGGAUGCCAUGCCCUCUUAAGGCUUAAUGGUCUUUGUGGUUUCUUUUCCUUUUAAAUCCUAUAACAGGAUUAAUUUGAUAUGUUCUUUUUUAGUAGCUUGUAUGUACAUUUAAUGUCCAAAUUUGGGUCUUGAUAAUGUGUUUUUAUAGAAGAGCUAGGAUCAUGACUAGCAUCUUGUAUGUCCAUUAUUUUCUAUUUCUUGUUUGAUCAAUUUAUUUAGUCUAGGCAUUCAAGAUGAAAGGUAAUGACUUUAUUUAUCCUCUUUUUUAGGUGGAGUAGAUCAAGAAAUAGAAGAUGAAGGCAAUGAAGAUCUAGACCUUACUUAAGAUGAAUUUUGAAUUGCUAUAGAUGAAUGUUCUAGUAAUCUUUUGUUGUCAAUAUUUUGAAACUUACUAUCUUGAAAUGUAUUAAACUUAUGCACUUGGGGUAGAACAUUUAUUUUUAUGGAUAUUAUUAGUUUGUUGGACGAAUUAUAUUAUUAAUAGUUUUAUUUUGUGA